AUGAACUUUCAAGAAGCUGAGGAUUUAGAUGGUGUCAGAUUUUCCUGGAAUACUUUUCCCACAAACACUUUUGAUGCAUCAAACUUGGUGCUACCAAUUGGCUCGCUAUAUACUCCAUUAUUUAAAAAAAAGGACUUGAACAUAAUUGAUAAUCAAAAUCCUAUUGUGUGCUCUAAUUCAAAUUGUCAGUCAAUUUUAAAUAAAUAUACGCAUUUUGACCAUAAUUCUUUGUCCUGGAUAUGUUCCAUUUGUUUAUCAAGAAAUUUUCUUCCCAAAAAUUAUUUCGCUAAUUCAAGUGCUGAUAACAACAACAUUAACCUAAAUGAUUUUGACCAAAUUUUAACUAGCUCAACUAUUGAAUACAAGUUGCCCAACAAAACUUCAAAAUUUCCGUCAAAUAUCUAUUUAUUUGCUAUUGAUUUAGCUUUAAACGCUGAUCAAAAUGAUUUAGAAGAAUUUGAAUCAUUGAAAUCUUCAAUUUUAAGCUCAAUAAACUACUUAUCUGAAGAUUCAAUUAUCGGUUUAAUCACUUUUGGUAAAAAUAUUAAUAUUUAUCAAUUAUCCGAUUUGAAUAUUAUUAAAAAUUUCUCUUUUAAUGGUGAUAAAUUUUAUUCAAAAUCUCAAAUUCAAGAAAAAUUGGGUAUUCUACCUGAAGAUUUAAGAUCACAUAGUAAAAAAUAUAAUAUUGGCUCAAACUAUUUUCAAAAAAUUUCAACUUAUAAUUUUGUCUUUGAAAAAAUUAUUAAUAACUUAAAAUUAGAUGUUUGGCCGAUUAAAAAAAAUGAAAGAAAAUUAAGAUCAACCGGUAAUUGUCUAAAUAUAAUUAAAAAUUUAUUGAUCAGUUGUUUUCCACAAACAAACGUUCAAAUUUUAUUGUUUUUAUCGGGUCCUGCAGAUUAUGGAUUAGGAAAAAUAACAACACCUAAUAGAAAGGAUACCUUACGUUCAAAUAAUGAUAUUAUUAAUGGAAAUAAAAAUUUCCAUAAAGAAUCAAAAACUUUUUAUAAUAACAUAGCAAAGGAAAUUGCUUAUCAAGGUUAUACUUUAAACUUAUUUAUCGGUUCAUAUGAUCAAAUUGGACUAUUUGAAAUGUCAAAAUUAUUAAAUUUAACUAGUGGUUCAUGCAUAUUUUCGGAUUCGUUUAAAACAUCUAUUUUUAAAAAUUCUUUAAUCAAAUUCUUUGAAUCUCAUAGUUUAAUUAAUAAUAAUAAUAAUGAUAAUGAUAAUGAUAAUGAUAUUGAUAUUGAUAAUAACAAUAAUGAAAUCACAAAUAUUGGGUUUAAUGGAUCUUUGCAAAUUAAAACAAGUGUACCUUUAAAGAUUAACGGGCUAAUUGGAAAUGCAAUUUCUCUUAAUUCUAUGGAAAAUUCAAACCCCAAUUUGAGAGUUGAUUUAAGUAAAAAAAAAAAUUUUUCAAAUUCUAAUAUAAGUGAUUUAGAAAUUGGAAUCGGUAAGACUAAUUCAUGGAAGUUGUGCAAUGUUUCUUCAUCAUCAACAUAUGCAAUUUAUUUUGAAAUUAAUAAAGAUGCUCUGACUCAGACUCGAACCCAAAUGGUUUAUAUUCAAUAUACAUUCCAUUAUCAACAUUUAGAUGGGCAGUAUAGAUUGAGAGUAACAACUAUCCAAAGACCAAUUUAUAAAUUAUCCACAUAUAAAAAUUUUUUUCUUGAAAAUUUUGAUGAAGAAGCAGCGGUUAUUUUAAUAUCCAGGUUAAUUUCUUUUAAAAAAUUCAACUCAAAGAAUAAUGAUUUUGAAAAAAAUGAAAAUGGAAUCAAGUAUAUUGAUGAAAUGCUAAUUGAUCUAAUUAGAAAGUUCAAUUUCAUUGAUAUUAAUACAAAUACCUUGCUUUUGCCAGGAACAUUUUUAAGUUUUCCAGGAUUUACUUACAAUUUAAGAAGAUCUUUUUUAUUAAAUUCUUUCAACUAUUCACCAGAUGAAUUGACCUAUUAUAAUCAUUUAUUAUUAAGUGAGAAUGUGGAUAAUUCAUUAGUCAUGAUUCAACCGGUCUUGCUCUCAUAUGGACAAGAUACACUUGAUAAAGAUCAAAACAAUUUUGACAAUAUUAAAACCGAGGCAGUGUUAUUGGAUUCAUUGUCAAUAAAAUCCAAUCGGAUUUUAUUUUUGGAUACGUUUUUUGAAAUUUUGGUGUUUCAUGGAGCGAACAUUGCAGCAUUAAAUAGCUAUUUACAAAGAGAACCAGAUAAGUUUUUAGAAAAAUAUGGAAAUCAAUUUAAAGAAAACUUUGAUAAGUUUUUAAAGUCGCCAAAUGAAGAUAUCAAAGACAUUUUAGUAGAAAGAUUUCCAUUACCAAGAUUUAUUUCAUGCAAAGAAGGGGAUUCACAAUCAAGAUUUCUCAUCUCAAAAUUGAGUCCCACUAACGCCUACAAGGACGGUGGGUUCAGAGGUGAAGAGGUUCAUCUAUUGACAGACGAUUUGAGUUUACAGAGCUAUUUUGCGAUUUUAGUGGAAAAAGCACUCACUAACGAUAGUAAAAAAUCAUAA